AUGAAUAUGAAGGCACUGGCCUGUGAAGAAGAAAGGAAGCUGCAACUACAGGAGCUGGAGGAGCUAAGGCUGGAAGCAUUUGAUUCGACAAUGUGGUAUAAGGAGAGAACAAAGCUCUGGCAUGAAAGGAACCUCCGGGUCAAGGAACUACGAGUUGGGAAAAAAGUACUUCUUUUUCAAUCUCAGCUUAAGCUAAUGUCUGGGAAGCUGAAAUCAAAGUGGAUAGGCCCAUACACCAUCGUCGGCCUUCGAGCAAAUGAAGCAGUGGAAAUCCAAGGAAGCGCCCCAAAUUCUGUUCCCUUCCUCGUCAAUGGACAUCGGGCAAAUGAUUAUUCUCAACGAAUUCCUGGGUCAGGUAAAAUGGGAACAAAAUUUUAUCUGUGCACUGACCUAGGGAAUCUUGAGAAUACUCAUCUGCAGGUGUAA